AUGGGGGGGCUCUUUGUUGCAAGCAUUAUUGAAACAGCUUUUGCCAGUAUACAGUGGAUGCCUCUUGCUUCAUACAUUGGGUUUGCAAUUGGUGGCACUAUUGCUGGAAUUGUCGUGCUUUGGCUCUAUAAUGCCAGUAUUUUUCUUGCUGGUGCCGUGGGUGGUAUCAUACUUGCCUCUACAUUAAACGUACUGGUGGGGGCCAAGAUUUAUCCAGGAAAUCCAGACGUGAUUCUCGUGAUUUUGGCUCUUGUAUUGGGGAUUUUGGGUGGUGUCUUGGCCCUGAAACUGGAAAAACCCGUCCUGAUUACAACGACGGCAAUAUUUGGAGCCGCUCUGUGUGUGUGGGGAGUCGGAUACUUUGCUGGCAAUUAUACAAACGGUGCCGGGUUGACCAAAUUUCGAGUCGAGACAAACAAGGGUGAGUGGGAAUACCGUAUUCCCACCGCACGAUGGGGAUAUUUGAUUGGAAUGCUGGUGCUCUUUAUACUUGGAAUGAGUGUCCAGAUUUCAAAGACAGCACGUGGGUAUGACCAUAGUGGACAGACAGAGAGCCAUAGCAUGACCAAGACAUCAGCUCAUGCAGCUGUCUAA